CCAUCACCACUGGGCCAAUUAAGAAUUCUAUUCUAUUCUUCUAUUCUAAAGAAAGAGAGAUAGAGAUAUAUAGAUAUAAAUAUACAUACUGCAAAUUUAGGGAAAGGAAAAUGGCAGCAACGGAUGUGUAUUUGUAAAUAAGAAAAAUAAAGCUGGCUUUUUUGCACGAUUUAUCCAGCCUAUCCGUUUUAUGAAGAAGAAAUGGACACAGUAAUAGAUGCUGGGUUUUUUUUAACAGACAGACUAACUGCGUUGGAAGGGACCUUGGAGGUCAUCUAGUCCAGCCCCCUGCUUACACAGGAGACCCUAUACCAUUUCUGACAAGUGGUUGUGCAGUCUCUUUUUAAAAGCCCCCCCCCCCCCCCAUCCCUACUUUUUUAGUGUUCUUUAUAAGAAUACCUACUUCUGUCUUUUGGGGGGAAAUUGGACUAAAGUUGCUUCUGGUCAUUAUAGAAAUUGAUCGCUGUAGAAACAUUAUUUUAAAUAAUAGGGUUCUGUAAACAUUUCUUUUGUUCAGCCCGGACAUUGAUCUUGGGAUUAAUCUGGAAGGAUGCCUUCAUUCCUGAAAAGGGCAUUAUAUAUCUCCAUCAUGCAUCCGAUGCCCCACAAUACUUCUUUUCUUUCGUAUCUUUCUCUUCUGACAUUAAAACCAUCUCUAAACCAUGCUGCUCCCUCAAGGAAAUAUUGCUCCAGGACAAACAAGGAUACAGUGGAUAUGUCCUUGUUCCCUGCAGAAAAUAUUCGAAAUUUUAGCAUAGUAGCCCAUGUGGAUCAUGGAAAGAGUACAUUAGCUGAUCGGCUGCUGGAAAUAACAGGAGCAAUUGCCAAAGCCGACCAUAAUAAGCAGGUGCUGGAUAAAUUGCAAGUGGAACGCGAAAGAGGCAUUACGGUGAAAGCCCAGACGGCUUCCCUCAUUUAUAACCACCAAGGAACAAAUUAUCUCUUAAAUCUCAUCGAUACACCGGGUCAUGUGGAUUUUAACUAUGAAGUGUCACGGUCACUGUCGGCUUGCCAAGGAGUCCUGUUGGUCGUAGAUGCAAAUCAGGGUAUACAGGCUCAAACUGUAGCCAACUUUUACCUUGCAUAUGAAGCCCAGCUCUCAAUCAUUCCUGUUAUAAAUAAGAUUGACCUCAAGAACGCAGAUCCAGAGAUGGUUGAAAAUCAGAUUGAGAAUACCUUUGAUAUCCUCAAAGAAGAUUGCAUUAGAAUUUCAGCUAAACUUGGAACAAACGUUGAAAAAAUCCUUCAGGCGGUGAUUGAAAGGAUUCCCCCGAGAAAGCACUCGAUUCCGAGCGAUAGUUUUCUACAGGUUUUUUUUGGUGACACCUGUCACAGGCCCGUGAUUGAUAUCCAUGAGCCCUUGAAAGCCUUGGUCUUCGAUUCGACCUUUGACACUUACCGAGGAGUGAUCGCCAACAUUGCACUGUUUAGUGGAGAAAUCCACAAGGGCCACAAGAUCACAACGUCUCACACUAAGAAGGUUUACGAAGUGAAUGAAGUAGGAAUUCUGACGCCCGAUGAGCAGCCGACUGGUAAACUAUACGCCGGCCAGGUUGGCUAUAUGAUUGCUGGGAUGAGAGAGAUUAUGGAUGCCCAAAUAGGAGAUACGGUCUAUUUGCAGAACCAGCCGGUGGAACCGUUCCCUGGGUUUAAAUCCGCGAAACCCAUGGUCUUUGCAGGCGUUUUUCCAACGGACCAGUCCGAAUAUUCUAACCUGAAGGGGGCCUUGGAGAAACUGACCCUCAAUGACUCCAGUGUCACCGUUCAGCGUGACAACAGCCUGGCUUUGGGGGCCGGGUGGAGGUUGGGAUUCCUUGGCCUUUUACAUAUGGAAGUUUUUAAUCAGCGCUUGGAGCAAGAACACAACACCUCGGUCAUUUUGACAGCUCCCACCGUUCCGUACAAGGCGAUCCUUUCUUCCCCCAAAUUGAUAAAGGAAUAUCGGAAAGAGGAAAUCACGAUCGUGAAUCCUGCAGAGUUUCCUGAUCAUUCCAUGGUGAAAGAAUACUUGGAGCCGAUAGUUUUAGGCACUAUAGUGACCCCUAAAGAAUAUAUUGGAGAAAUAUUAGCUCUUUGCCAGACUCGAAGAGCAGUUCAGAAGGACAUGGUGUACAUGGAUGAACACAGAGUCAUGAUGAUUUAUCUCUUCCCGCUGAAUGAAAUCGUGGUGGAUUUCUUUGAUGUGUUAAAAUCCUUGUCGUCUGGUUAUGCCAGCUUUGACUAUGAAGACACAGGAUACCAGCCCGCAGAUCUUGUCAAAAUGGAUAUUUUUUUAAAUGGAAAAUCUGUGGAAGAGCUGAUAACUAUUGUACCUCGAGAGAAAGCCUACUCUGUUGGUAAAUCUAUGUGCGAGCGAUUAAGAGACCUCAUUCCGAGGCAGAUGUUUGAAAUAGCUAUCCAGGCAGGUCUCGGCAACAAAAUCAUUGCAAGAGAAACGGUGAAAGCUUUUAGGAAAGAUGUUCUGGCAAAAUGUUAUGGAGGAGACAUUACAAGGAAAAUGAAGCUUUUGAAGAGGCAAGCUGAAGGGAAGAAGAAGAUGAGGAGAAUUGGGAACGUAGAGGUGCCAAAGGACACUUUUAUCAAAGUUCUCAAGAAGCAGCUUGACAGAUAGCUUCCAGCUGUUUGCAAAGUCCAGCUGGUAGGAACUGUUGAGCCAGCAGUUUGCAAACCGGGUAUCACCCUGAAUUGGAUCUCAUCUAUUCGUGUACGAAUUUGACACCACGUCUAAUGGGAGCUGUUCAAUAAAGCAGCAAAACUGAUGGCCUAAAAAUCUAAAAUAUAGUUUAGCGUCCGAAUUUAGUGACCUAGGCUUCCCAAAAUCAUGAAGCCGACUCCUCAUCCCAAUAAAACCCCUUUAGCCCUUUUAUUGUGGGUAAAGGGAAUUCCUCUCCAGCGAAGUCCCGGCCAACAGUCUUCCA